CCACAUUCCUUCAAUAUGGCGAGUGUAGUGUAUAUGACACUCGGGAGGGAGUUAUUAAAUAAGGGAGCGAAACGUAUUUCAUCGGGCUACGCACAGGUUGCAGUAAGUCAUAUUAGUACUUUUGUAGACAGUAUUGUAAAUUUAAGUUAAAAUAUAUUAUAGUUAUAGUAAGUGUAUAAAAUCGUAUUUCAGCGUCGUAACUUCAAUACACUGUAACACUCACUGUAAUUUCACUAAUGACUAAAAAUACUAUAAUAAAUAAACUAAUACUGUCUAAUACUUAAUACCAAUACUAGUAAUACUUUAUUAAUUAGUACUACUACAAAGAAUCAUGAAAUUUACUGAAAUACUUCUGAAAUAGUCUAGCUUAGUAGUCGCAUUACACUUACUUUAUUUAAUUCAAAUUUAAAUGAUUAUAAUUAUUAGCCAGCAGCCCUAAAUUAUGUAUUAUUAAUUAUUAAUAUUACCAAGAGCCUGCGUACACCUAGACGGUGUACCUAGCAAAACCAAUGAUCUAGGCCUGCGUACACCGCAGCAAAAAUGUACCAAUGGAUUGGCCUGGUUUUAAGAUAUGUCUGUUGGGACUUGUGGUAAAGUAGACGCUUAUAUGAGCUAUAUAAAUAUAUUUUCAAACCGUAUGCGAUAUUAUUAUAUUUUGUGACCAGUUCCCAGAAGGGGAUCAAGUUUUUAUUUAUUUUUUUCAAUUUUAAUUAAAAGUAUAUUUUAUAUCUAAAUUAUAAUGUUCAUAACUUUUUAAAUAGGCCAAUAUUAGGCUAUAUGUUAGUUAUAUUCCGACAACCAAGAAUCCCAAGCAUCCUGGGUGGAUGGGACUUGUUAGCCUUGGAGAGCAGACACUGGCUUCAAACCAGGAGCUAAAAUGAUCAAUACAUUUAUUUUGGGCCUAAAAUAUAUGGGAAAAAAAUAUGUAAUACUUAUUAAACUAGCUGGGAGUUAAUAACAAAUACAUAAGAAUAUAAUAUCAUUUAGUCUACUCAUCAUCAUGUCCUUUAGUCCAUGGACCGUUGGGGCGCCACAGAUGACAUGUGAACUAUCCUCCUCCAUUCGUCUCUGUCUUCUGCACUACGUACAGCAUCACCCAGUGUUAGUCCUGUCCACUCUUUGAUGUUAUCCUCCCAUCUUUUUCUUUGUCUUCCUCUUCUUCUCCCUCCUCUUGUGGUCCCCUGAAAUAUUUCUUUGGCAAGCCCUUGUUUCCUUGUUACGUGGCCAUACCAUUGUAGUUUGCCUUUUUUCACAGUCACCAGUAGGUCAUCGUACUCCCCAAGUGCCUGGCGAACCCUUUCUUUCACUGUAUCAUUGGAGAUAUGGUCUCCAUAGCAGAUACCAAAAAUGCUUCUGAAGCAUCUCAUCUCCAUCGCCUUAUUUUCCUUUCAAGAUCAGCUUUUAUCAUCCAGGAUUCACAGGCAUACAGGAAAAGUCUACUAUUCUCACUGAAUGCCACUCUCAAUAACGUAUACUUAUUCAGUAAAGAAGAUCACAUCCACUUUAAGUUUUAGAAGGCCUUAAAUCGUUAUAGAAGCAUUGCCUUACUAUUAUAGGUAUAAUGACAAAUGUUAGUCAAUGAUAGUAAUAUUAAAGAUUUUAAUAAUUUAAUAGAAAUUUAAAGAACACUUACUAACACUGCAAUUCUUGUAAUAAAUUACACAAAUGGAUUUGUAACAAUGGUUUACUACUCAAAGUGGUUACUACUUUUCUACGCUGUCUUAGUCUUGUGCACAAAUAUAUUUUUUCUAAAUUCUAUGGGAAAAAAAAAAAAACUGUGCGGCUGCACACCUUGCCAAGCAUAUAAAAGUGGAAAAAAAAUUUCAGUUUGGCUUGUAUAUGUAUGGAACUCAUGCUACAAGAGACAAUUGUUCGAAAGCAUUUUACUUAGAAAAUACGCUGUGGGGCCCCCUUUAAAAUUGAAAUUAUUAAUGUAACAUUCAUGAUAAAGUACAGAAUACUAACAUCAACAAUGUUAAAAAGAAUUCGCAAAAGAAAAACAAGCACUGCUUGCUGCAGAUGUAUAUAGUGCCAUGAAUAAGGCACUGGGAACCCACAUUUCUACUAACCUAAUCUGCGGUGGUUUGCAGUUUCCUUCUCUUAGAUGAGCCACCAUUAAAGGCUGACGAGUGUCAAAGGAGGAGACACUCAGCCCUUGUAUAUAUUUUCUCAGGGGUGUACUUAUUAAUAUGAACAUGGCGAGUUCCUGUGGCUAGACUUUUGGGGUUUAUAUAUUAAAUUAAAUAUAUUUCUAUGUGUGUGUUCAGUUGGUGGCAUUUUUUAGAAGUUUCUGGGGGUGACAUUUAGUAAAAGUAUAACUGUAUUUACCCUCUUGAGAUCACUAAGUAUCCAAAAAGACGAAUGACUGAUCCAUCAGCCUAAUAAUACAAGCCUUGAGAUUGGCUGGCUGGUUUUCUUAUUAGAUAAUCAUAUUGCUUCUCGCAUUUUUCUUCUCAUCUCUGCAUGGCAGCUUCCAUUGAUAGAUUACAGUGUUUUGUCAUUUUUGUACAAAGUGACCUUUGUAAAUUCUUAAAAAAUAUAGGUCCUAAACAUAUGCCACUCCGCAUAAUCACUCAAAGUGGAAUAUUUUGUGAAGUUUUUCACAUUCAAUCUCAUUCAAAUAUUUGUUAGGACUUAUUUAGGCUUCAACAAAAAAUUCACCACAACUCUGCAAGAAACACAAGUUUAUUUUAGGUGUCGACAAAUAUUGCAUGCAUAAAUUAUACAAUUAGCAUAUCUCAUUUUCAUAAAUGUUGAGAUUACAUUUUGAUUCCAUAAGAUUGUAUUAAUUCAUUCAGUUUCCUCCAAUAAUAUAAAUAAUUUUUAACUUGUAACGUUGUUACUUUAUUUUUUGAUAUAUUAUUUUGCAAAGAAAGUGCUGGGCUUGUGAAAAGGCAUCUGUCUCCUUGGCACCGAAAGUUGACAAAGGCCCUGUCUCAAAAGGCGUUUAAUGCAUAGUGGUUUACAAACUGUUAAAAAUAAUUUUGAUAAUCAGAUUUAGUAGAAUAAUUUGAAAUCACAAAUGAUAAUGCUCUGGGUAUGUAUGUUUGGCUGUAACUUUGUUCAAUAUGGGUGCAAACUAAAAUUCCCAUAAGCUAGAACUCUUUGGGAUUCUUAUAAAGUGAAUUACUUGCAUGCAUGUUAUGUCAAGUAACUGAAGUAGAUGGGAAGUUCACACCUUGCCGCCACCAACCAGGGGUUUGGGGGUUGUUCUAGUAAGGAAAGUAAAAUUGUGUGUUUUCACUGUGUGUGCAUGUCUGUAAUAUGUAAAUAGCAAAGAAAAUAAUAGUCUAAAAUGAAGUUGCAUUGAAGUUAAUAGUAAUCAUUAAAACAGUCAGCAGUGAAAGUGAAUUUCCUAAGCUGCAUGCCAAUAAGGGCACAUAUUUUGUAAAGGUAGUAGCUAUUUUUCAAGGGCAAUAAUGCAAGAUAAUAAUGUUGUUUUUCCCCUUGCUAGUGCUCUUUUUGUAAUGUGCACCAUUUUCAUAUCUCUACUUUCAGUUUGCUGGUUUGCCAAGUUUUGUCAAAAUUGUUGAAGUUGGACCUAGAGACGGCCUACAGAAUGAACCAGUACUAUCAUAUAGUUCAUUAUAUAUUUCUAUAAUUAGGCAGUACAUCCUUAUAAUUGAUUUAAUUACAAAUAACCCUUACGCCUUACAUCUCUUUGGUUAUAAAGCAGUGACAUCUUUUAAAUUUUGAACCAUCUUAGACUUCACUUCGGAGAUUCAAUAACGUUAAAACCAGCCUACAGAAUGAACCAGUACUAUCAUUAUAGUUCAUUAUAUAUUUCUAUAAUUAGGCGGUACAUCCUUAUAAUUGAUUUAAUUACAAAUAACCCUUACGCCUUACAUCUCUUUGGUUUUAAAGCAGUGACAUCUUUUAAAUUUUGAACCAUCUUAGACUUCACUUCGGAGAUUCAAUAACGUUAAAAAACCUAUAAAUUUAAGCCUAAUUCAUUGUUGGCCUAUGUGUAUAUAGAUAUAUUGACGAUUUCUAAACAGGAUAAACUUUAAAACUUUUAAGUUUAUUUUAAAAUAAAUUGCAGCAGUUCACUAUUACAUAUCAGUUGGCCUUUAUUUAUUUUUUUAAUAAAAAUUUUUUAAAAAUCAGAAACAUAAUUUCUUAAAUGAUGGUUUGAAACUUUUUUUUUUCUUGUAUUUUUACAACAAAAUUAUUUAAGACAUUAUUAAAAAAAAAAAAUUAAUUGCCAAUAUAGUUUUAAAAUAGAAAAGGAGAGGCUUUAAAAUUGCUGCCUUACAUCUGCACAAUACUGCUUGCAAUUUUCAGGGAAUAGUGCCCACUGAUGUCAAGGUUGAGUUUAUAAAUAGACUGGCUGAUGCAGGGCUCAAGACCAUUGAAGCUACCAGCUUUGUGUCACCCAAAUGGGUGCCUCAGGUUGGUGAAAACUAAUUAUAUUAUGGUUCCGCAUACUACUAUUACUAGUGAAUACUAGUACUUGAUUUUUUAUUUUUCCUGUGACUGGUGAGAGCUUAAUUAUUUUAUGGUUUGCUGAAAAAUAAAUUAUUUUAUGGUUAAUCUGGUAAAAUUUGUGAAAACUUCAUUAUUUUAUCGCCUCUCGGACUAUUUAGAGCUUGAUUUACUUCAAGAAUUCCUCAUGUCUUUAGGAAAUAGAUAAUUUUAAAUACAGUAGCUGCCCAUUAAAAUAAAAUGAGACUUUUUGUAAAAUUGCAUACCUAUACAAAAUUAAUGGCCCAUUUCAAAAUCAAUUUUAAUUUGCUUUUCUUAAAUGGGCAUAUAAUUUAAGUUAAAUUUUAAUAGAUGGCAGACCACAAUGAAGUGAUGAAGAGAAUUAUCCGUCGUCCAGACACAGUUUUCUCAGUGCUAACACCGAACUUGAAAGGUUUUCAGUCUGCUGUAAGUUUUUACAGACACAUCAUAGCCACAUAAUUUUUGUUUAAAUUUUUCAUCAAAAGUUUUACGUUUACAUAAAGUUUUUUGCACUUCUCAGUUUUACAGUGACCCCUUACUUUUUUAUGUUGCACACUUGUCCCAUUAACUUCUCAACUCUAGUCUCACCCUUUGCUCUUCUAUGUUUCACACCUGUCCCAUACACUUCUCAACUCUUGACUCACCCUUUACUAAGUUGCUCACCUGUCCUAUACACUUCUCAGUACUAAACUCACCCUUUGCUCUUCUAUGUUGCACACUUGUCCCUUACACUCCUCUAGACUUUUCACUUUCUCUUCUUCUUAUGUUUUACGCUAAUUACUUCUGCAUGUAUUCUUUACAUGUCUCAGGGGUAAGGGUGUCAUUUACAAUUUUUAGGACCACUUUCUCCCAUUUAUAAUCCAGGUUAAUUUAGAAAGCAAAAGUGAAAAUUCUGAGAAAUGGAUUGUUCAAUGCUUGUAGAGUUAGGAAUUAGUAUUUCCAGGUGUGUACUGCAGACCUGGUUACUCUUACAAUAUUGAUUAAUGAGCAUACCAUAGCAUACUGUUAUGAGACAGAAUUGUUCUAUUUUGGGAAUGCGGGGGGGGGGGGGGGGGGUGGGGGUAAGCAGGCCUAAUUGGUAGUGAUGAGUAAUGAUUAGUUUCAAUGUUCCAUGCAGCUGGCGGCUGGGGCUCAAGAGGUGGCCAUCUUUGGUGCUGCAUCAGAGUCAUUCAGCAAGUGAGUUACUGGCUUGUUGUGUCACACGGUCUGCAUAGCCAGAUUUAGUCACCUUGUCAUGUCCCAUGUUUUAUUAGGGUAUGUCUCUUCUUUGGCUGCCAUUAAAUAUUAAUGACUUUUUUUUUUAAAUCUGCAUUUUUUUAAAAUUAUUGUUGUUUUCCCGCUGAUUUCUUUACUACCGAUUUGUGUUGUUUUUUUUUUACCAUAAUAAAACAAUUCCUGUUUGAUGCAAACUUUCAGGAAAAACAUUAAUUGCUCCAUCAAGGAUUCAGUGGAGAGGUUUAAGGAGGUGACACAAGCAGCCAAACAAGCUCACAUCCCAGUAAGGGGGUAAGAGAGGAAACUCGUUUUGAUGGUGUUUGUUUUCUUUUAAAUCACUUACCUUACGAGGGUUCAUUUUGAUUGGUUAACUUGCCAUGGUUCGUCAUGAUUGGUUAACUUGCCAUGGUUCAUCUUGAUUGGUUAACGUGUCAUGGUUCAUGAUGAUUGGUUAACUUGUCAUGGUUCAUCAUGAUUGGUUAACUUGUCAUGGUUCAUCAUGAUUGGUUAACUUUGUGUAGGUUCAUCAUGAUUGGUUAACUUGUCAUGGUUCAUCUUGAUUGGUCAUGAUAAGUUAACUUGCCAUGGUUCAUCAUGAUUGGCUAACUUACCUUGGUUCAUCAUGAUUGGUUAACUUGUCAUGGUUCAUCUUGAUUAUUUAACUGCAAUGGUUCAUCUUGAUUGGUUAACUUGUCAUGGUUCAUCAUGAUCGGUUAACUUGUCAUGGUUCAUCAUGAUUGGUUAACUUGUCAUGGUUCAUUUUGAUUGGUUAACUUAUCAUGGUUCAUCAUGAUUGGUUAACUAGUCAUGGUUCAUCAUGAUUGGUUAACUCGUCUUGGUUCAUCAUGAUUGGUUAACUUUGUGUAGGUUCACCAUGAUUGGUUAACUUGUCAUGUUUCAUCAUGAUCGGUUAACUUGUCAUGGUUCAUUUUGAUUGGUUAACUUGUCAUGGUUCAUCUUGAUUGGUUAAUUUGUCAUGGUUCAUCGUGAUUGUUUAACUUUGUGUAGGUUCAUCAUGAUUGGUUAACUUGACAUCGUUCAUCAUGAUUGGUCACCACUGUCACUGUCAGCAUUGGACAUAAAAAAUGUACUUUCAGUUGAACUAUGUGUUUGUUUAUUUCAGAUAUGUUUCAUGUGUGCUGGGAUGUCCGUAUGAAGGAGAUGUGAAACCAGAAAAGGUUGCAGAGGUAAGCAAAAAUUUAAACUGUUUAAUGUGUAAGCGGUGAUUCACCAUCAUCACUCCGGGCUUCUAAUGAUAUUAUUACAGAUUUUCUUCACAAAUUAAGUACAAUAUUUUUUAGCUAAAUGAUUUCAUACAUAAAUUUAACCUUCCAACAUGUUCACUUUUUUUCCCUUUAAAAUAUCAAGUAAACUUCAUUUGAAAAUAUCUACUGUGAUGGAAAUGUAUUUUGGAAACAUUGUAUUUGAUAUUUGGCUGUUUGAAAUUCCAGAUACAUUAAUUUUUGUAAAUUAUUUUUUUCAAUCUCUUGCAGGUAGCCAAAAGUCUUUUAGAUAUAGGUUGUUAUGAAAUAUCACUUGGUGACACCAUUGGUGUGGGCACACCUGGAGGCAUGAGGAAUCUCAUCUCUGUCGUGUCCAAGGUGGUACCCCUGGAUCAGAUAGCUGUACAUUGCCAUGAUACUUAUGGACAAGCUCUGGCCAAUAUAUUUGCUGCCCUACAGGUUAGUGGAUUUAUAGUCAUAAAAAAAAACAUGUUGAAUCAUUGUGGGGACAGUGUUGAAUACAAUCUAAUUACAUGGUUCAUUGCACUUAUUGAAAAGGUGUUAUGGCCGGCACAAGUCAUGACAGCUUUUCGGGCCUUUCUGCUAGCAUUCAGGUACCAAAAUAAGAUAUAUUUUCAUUGAAACUUAAUUUUGAAGAUAAGACGCUUAACUGGACUAGACCUUUGACUAGAUAUUUAAAAAGACUGAAUUUGAAUUUUUUUAAUUUACAGGUACUGUCCACCCAUUUUCCAUUUUUUAUUUUUGUAUUCUGUGUGAUUUUUCUGUGCACCCUAUUUUCCCUUUUUAUACAUACAUUUUAUUACAACAUUGUUAGCUUGCUUUUUUCUGAUCUACAAACAAAAUGUUCACCCAAAAUGUUCAUAAUGUUUUUUAAGUCUUAUAGAAUUGAACUAUCGCACCAACACCCCCUCCUGUCCAAACUCCCUGCCUCCCCCAAUAUAUCACUCUAUAUCACCAGCUCUGACAAAGACAUUACCAGAAAUUUAAAUAGUAUUUCAUGUUUGAAAGCUUAUGUCUUACUGCUGCGUUGUAUUUAAUUGCCCAGUCAUUCUCAGUGAAUUUAUAAUUACUUUCAGAUGGGAGUUAAAACGUUUGACAGCUCUGCUGCUGGACUGGGUGGGUGCCCAUAUGCUAAAGGUGCCAGCGGCAAUGUAUCAACAGAGGAUGUGGUGUACAUGAUGAAUGGUCUUGCCAUAAAAACUGUGAGUACAUAUUCAAUGGGCUUGCUAUAAAAUAUGUGAAAACCUAAUGAAUGGGCUUGCUUUAAAAAAUUUUAGAACAUGUACAUGAUAAAUUGGCUUGCUAUAAAAAUUAUGAAAACAGAAAGUGGUGUACAUAAUGAAUGGGCUUGCUAUAAAAACUGUGAGGACAUGAUGAAUGGGCUUGCUAUAAAAACUGAGGACAUGAUCAAUGGGCUUGCUAUAAAAACUGUGAGGACAUGAUGAAUGGGCUUGCUAUAAAAACUGUGAGGACAUGAUGAAUGGGCUUGCUAUAAAAACUGUGAGGACAUGAUCAAUGGGCUUGCUAUAAAAGCUGUGAGGUCAUGAUGAAUGGGCUUGCUAUAAAAACUGUGAGGACAUGAUGAAUGGGCUUGCUAUAAAAACUGUGAGGACAUGAUGAAUGGGCUUGCCAGACAAAUAUUUGAGUAUAUUUCCAAUAGUUCAUUUAUAAAAUUUUAAAAAUGUCACCUUGUGAACUAUCCUGACUCUCUUCCCCCCCCCCCCCUCUUUUCUUUUUUCCCCCACCGGGGUUUGAUAUUCACAAUUUAAUUUAGGCUGGUCACUUCAUCUCAACUGCACUAGGGAGAAAGUCAGGGUCAAAGGUUGCCUCAGCAACCAAGUCAUCUCUCUAAGGAACAAGUGCAAUAUUUGGGUGGUAGUAGUAGUAGAACUCCUUUGCCAAUUAUUGUGAUACCGGUAUCAUUUAAGUCACUCUAACAUCAUUUGAACAAGCUCAGUGAUAAGUUACCUAUUAUGUUAUAAUCAGUGCGGUACUUCAGUCAAGUAAAAUAAUAUUUCUUAAGCAGCC